UACUUUCUUGUUUUGUUUCUUCUUGCAGGCCGCUUUCAGUCAAACUGCACGGGAGGCGAUUCAUUGAUUGCCUUAUUUAAGUUAAAAGUGGUACAGCAGAUAUUCUUCUAGACAUGGCUAUAUGGAUGCAUUGUUUGAUACUGUUAUGUUCCUGCCUUUUUGCUUCACACAAUCACUCUGAACCAGAACUCUCCAUCUUACACUCACUACAAGAACCUGACUCAGCAUCGGUAUCACUGCAGUGUCUCGUGACUGGACUUGUCCCGUCUCAGGUGCGUGUGUUCUGGAGGAUUGGACAGAAUGAGCUUUCUGGAUGGACCGAGUCCGGCUGGACAGACGACACUGAUUCAGCCACAGAAUUCACACGGGCUCAUCUCUCUGUUCCUGCAGAGGAGUGGGAUGAAGCUGAUGAAAUUCAGUGCUUUGCUGAAUAUAAUGGCAAGAACAUCUCCAAAACUCUGACACGAAGAGGACCUGAACCUGCAAUCGUCUCGUGGCUUGUGUACGCCGGCUGUGUGGCAGCGCUCCUUACCAUAUUUAUAACCAUCAUUAUGUCUGUGGGAUUAUACCGAGAUAUGUUGAUGACCAAAAAAUCCAAACGGCUCACAAGAAAAGAUGCCCACCGCAAAAUUUCAUAUGGUAAACAGAACACACUGAGAGAAGAGAGUUCACCUGUUAUGUGUUUCUCUGGGGAUCUCAUCGGUCAUGGACAGGAUGUUGGUCCAUCAAGAGAAUAAAGAUAAUGCAAAAGCAGAAUUUGUAAUUAUAUGAAUUACAUGAAACAGCAAAGUUGUGCAACUUGUAAUUACACUUGAGAGGAUCAUUGUGGCAUGGACUUGAGUUUUUCUUUCUCUGUUUUUCAGCGGGGAGGAGGAAAUGUUGGAGUAUGCUAAAAUAUUUAUAAAUAAAAGUCCU